GCUGACUCAUGGGACACGGAUGGCCACAAGUGGUUCAAUAUGCCCUAUGACAGUGGGAUCGUUAUUGUUCGUGAAGCUGCGCUGCUGGCAGAGGCAAUGGGUGGCAACAGUAUGGGUGCCUAUCUCACCGAUGCAAUCGAAAAGCCAGAUCGCAACGCCAUCAACUUCGGCAUUGGCGCCUCACGGCGAGCUCGGGGUGUGCCCGUCUACGCUGCAAUCAAGACGUUGGGAAAGCAAGGGAUUGAGAAACAUUUGGACACUUGCUGCGCCUUGGCCCAGCGUAUGGCCGAUCGUUUGCGCCAGGUCGAAGGCAUUACUAUUCUGAACGAUGUUGUUUCCAACCGUUUCUCGGCCCAGUUCGGCCGGGGCACGGAUGAAUUCUGCAACAUGUUAACCGCGCGUGUCGUUCAUCGCCUGCAGCAAGACGGUUUCUGCUAUCCGUCAACUUCGGGCUACAAGGGAUUGAAGACGAUGCUCAUUUCUGUUCUGAACUGCCACACGACGAUUGCUGACAUUGAUGCUUCGGCCGAGAAAAUCGUCGCGACCUACCACCUGGAACUGGACAACAUCGGCACCACGGGGGGAUAUACCGCGUAA